AUGGAUGCGUUCAUAGAUCCGACCGAGGCGGGCAAGUAUCCGCUCAUCAUCGGUGACGGGCUCUUGGGCAAGACGUCCAACGAAAUCUUCACCGGUGUUCGAUAUAACUACAAGCCGACGCUCUCCUCGACCGAAGCCCCCGGGUAUGCCCGCCUCAAACCGUCCGUACCCGGCAAGACGAGCGCAUACGACUUGACCUACAAUGAUGGCGACGCCAAGUAUUCCUACAACGGCACCCGAAGCACAGACGACAAUCAGUUUGUCCUGCACUUCGACCCUCAACGACAAGCCUUUGUCCUCGACAAGGUCGACUCGACAUUCAACAUGAAUAUUACCUGCCUUCCGGGCAACUCGGAUGCUCAAAAACUCACCCGCCAAUACCCUUCCCUCGAGAGCAGGAAGCUUGAUAGGAAAAAUGCUACCGCAACGAAGGAGCCGAGACAAAAGACGUCGACGUCGAACGCCAAAGCCGCCCAGUCGAAGCCGCCCAAGCGCAAGCCCGAGAAGAGGCAGCCCCCCCAGGAGGUGGCCUUGUCCCUACCCCAGCCUGAACCGGCGAAGGAAAAGAAGAAGCCGGUGGGUGACUACGAAGAAGAGGAUGACGACGACGACGACGAUGAUGGAGGGCUCGUCAUCGAGUUUCCCGGUGGAGAGGCGGCCAAGCAUCAGCAAACGGAUUUCUCCCCCGCUUUCCCGCCGCCGCGCCGCUUCGACGACUUCAUGGACCAGCGUGACUCCGAAGGUGACGCAGACGGCGAGAGUGACGACGAUGCCGACAUGGAAUUCAAGUUGCCAAGCCCGGUUAACGGUGGCGCGAAUCACGCGAAGCCCGUAGGAGAAGAAGGGGAGGAAGAGUACGAGUACGAGGAAGUGGAGGAACAGGCGGCCGGCGCGGACAUGGAGGAUGACCUGGCCAAGGAAAUGGAAAUCGCCUUUGAGGACUUGGAGAACAGCCAGGCGGGGAGCCCCGAUGGUGAAGAAAGCGAGAUCUCCGAAGAAGAUUAG